UUAGUAAAGGGACGAAGCCGAAAAGAAAAUGAAUGAAUGAAUGUUUUACAAUUUUGCAAAAGCAUAAAUCUUCAUAUGCUUAUAAAAAUAUAUAAUAUAAUAAAAAUGCAUAUAUAAUGGGAAUAAGUAGGGAAUAAAUUAAUUUAGAUGAAUGGUAACCCAUGCUUUAGUGAAAUAAAGCAAAGUUGCCUAUAAACAAUGAACACCACAGUAGGUCUACAGUGAAUUAAAGGAAAGUACCACCAAAAAGCACAGGAAGUUCACACAUGCUGAUGAGAGGUAGCUAUUGGGAAGCGCAUUGAAUCAUAUUUAGUAACACUCAUUCGAGUCACGUGCAAUGUUAAUGUAAGAGAAGUACCCAAUGAAUCAGUGAUCACGACACAAAGACAAAAAACAGGGUUCAGGUGUCUCUUGGUAGUUAUUUACCAUACAACUAAACACCUAAUGAAUGUCAAAAGAAUUCUACAAAGUCUUAACACUUUUUAACAAUUCAAGAGAAGAUCAGUUAGUUAACUAGAAGCGCAGAACACUCCCUUUGGUGGUAUUACAUGGCAUAUUCAUACACAGGGAGGGAAUUUACUAAGAAAAUUAUCCCUUAUGUUUACAACAGUUACUCGAAAGCUUAUCUUGUUAAAUGCUAAACAAAAUAAAAUGAUAAGAAAAUGGCCAAUUUAAUUACUUUAAUUUAAUCAUUCUCGGUUUGGAUCAAUUUGUUGAUGCACCCAAUCUAUCUUCUUAGUGAUGAAGUUCUGCUAAUUUUUCUUCUAAUAAUUCAGUAGCAUAAACAACAGUAACGUUGUCCGUCAUUUACUAUAUAGCCUAAUCCAAUAUUACGAAAAGUCUACUUCUCAAAAUCAUUGUGUGGGGAAAUAUGUUAAUAUCGUCAUGAAUGCCAUUUAUUUACCUUAAUAGCUUUACGCGAGACAGCAAAAAAAAAAGAAAGAAAGAAAAAGAAAAAAAAGGCUUUUUGUGUCAGCUUCCGGGAAGUUAUUUACCCUGCAUGAUGCAUUAUUCCCAGAAGGGAUAUCAAUAGGAAACUCCUGGCGUACUUUCCUCAAAAUGCAAGGAACUUCUUUCAGUUUUACUUGCUUUCUACAGUAACGUUAGGCUAUAUAAGCUUCUCUGUUCUACCAGAGGUUCAUCUUUCAACAUGUUGCCGCUGCUGCUUCUAAUUUUAAGCUUCACAACUAGAGUUUAUUCUUCGGAAAUAGUGGCACGAGGAGACACGGCUGUUGUGUUUGGUCAGGAUGCUUCUCUCUCUUGUACUCUGCCGUUCGUGUCCGGCGUCAAACAGGUGACAUGGCAGCGGGUGCGUGCGCAGGAUGUACACACUCUGGCCACGUUCAGCGAGCGCUUCAAGGAUAAUGUGGAUGAGGACUUUGUCGGAAAGAUAAUUUUCCAAGCAUCGUUUAAUUCAACAACUAUUGAGAUCAAAAACACAACAUUUGAAGAUGAGGCUUGCUACAUUUGUUCCUUCAAAUUGUAUCCAACAGGACCCAAACGAGAAACCUUGUGCGUCACUGUUAAAGGUAUCUCAGAAAUAACAGCAGCAGUGAAUCCUGCAGACACUUCUGACACAGAAGUUGUGGUUUCAUGUUCAGCCACUGGUAAACCAGCUCCAACAAUCCAGUGGAAAUCCAGAGAACAAGAGCUGAAGCACUUCAGGUCAGAUGAUUUCACAACCCACAACAAAGACAGCUCAACCACUGUUACAAGCAACAUCACACUUCCGCUAUCCCAGUUUCAUGGCAAGUACGUGGAGUGUUUGGCUCAGAGUGACGACUAUGAGAGGAGUGAAACAAUCUACAUACCUCGACAACAACAUCCUGAUGAAGAUGCAUCAAGAAAUUUCAUCAUCACAUUUUCGGUCCUCGCUGUCAUUGCUGUUGUGGUUAUUCUCAUUACUGUCAUCUUUAUUUACUGCAAACGAAAAAGAGACCGGUUUGGGCUAAAAUCUUCUGCUGAAAAGCUUCAUGACUCAAAUGAGGAAUGUUAAAGGAGGAGAGCUACUUCAAAAGCUUAUCGUUUGUUUUGUCACUGUGAUUUUUUUGUGUGUGUUUCUCAAAGAAUUCCUUUAUUUCCAAUGUUUACUUAUUUAUUAAAUGUAUUGAAUUUAUUUUUACAUUACUAUGUAAUGCUACAGUAUAUACAUUUGGUACAUUUUGAUAGAGGCUGGUUGAAUGUAAUGGAAUACACUAUUUUAUUACUUCCUCUAAAGUUGAGAUAGUAAUUUAUAAAUGCAAUUCUGUAUUGUUCUUCCUUUAAUGUUUUCUCGUGAUGUCAUUCCUCAGUAUUGCUUUAAAAAAUGAGUCAUUUGAGGAAGAAGAAAAAAAACAUUGUUUACUAAUUUAAACAGAGAAGCUGAAAUGUGAAAAUGUUGCUGUACUGUUGGAAACUAACUGAAAAGUUUUUUUGUUUACUGCAAUGCACUUUAAAGGCUGCUUGUAAAGAUUAGUGCUGUUGUAUUUGCACUUUAUUUGUUUUUUACAGAAAGAUUGCUACAUGUUUGUCUAGGAUAAGUUAUUUGUUACAAAAUAAACAUUAAUGUUUGCAUUUUUGACAAAUGUAACUAACAAAUGUAACACAUCUGUAACUAUUUAUGGAACUGGUUGUUUUGCACUGAUUUAAAAGUGACCUGUUGGAUAUACUGAUUUUCUGCUACUUUUUAAACUAUAUAUGUAUAUUUUUAAACUUGCAUUAAAGGGACCGUUCACCCGAAAAUCUUAA